UCUUGUUAUAGAUAUACUUGGUCGUUAGCUUAAUUGUUUUAACCUGUUAGUGUCACUAUUUUGGUUGAUAAAAUAAAUGGACAUUAUCACAUAGAUUGACGAAUGAAGUUUGAAAAUAUAAUUUAUCCUCAUGUUGGUGUGUUUGUGCUUUAGACAGAAACCGGAGGAAAUUGUAGUUAGAACAAAGAUGGGAAACGGACAGUCUGGUGGAGCAAAAGGAACGCCUACCUUAUAUAUUCAUGGGCUUAGUGCUCCAGCUAGGGCAGCAUGGAUGACCACUAAAGCUGCAGAAAUCCCGGUUCAUUUGAAAUACGUAGAUCCAUUUAAAGGCGAACAUAAAACUCCUGAAUUCGCUAAAAUAAAUCCUGACAUGACGCUACCUACCUUAGUAGAUGGAAACUUUUCUUUAUGGGAAAGUCGGCCUGUUAUGCAGUAUUUAGUGAGUAAGUUUGGAGGCAGACAUUCUUACCUGUAUCCUAAAGACCUACAGAAGAGAGCUAUAGUGGACAGAUUAUUAUACUAUGAUCUAGGAUCGGUUUACAAAACAGUCACAGAAUAUAUGUAUCCUCAGCUCUUCCAAGGCAAACCCCCUGAUGCAGAAAAAGAAAUGGCUAUGAGGGCAACUUUUGACUACCUGAAUCGUCUGUUCGAUGGUGGUGGCCAUUAUAUGACUGGAGAUAAUUUAACCAUAGCAGAUAUUAGCAUGGCUUCAAACAUUUCAUUGACUGAAAUUAAAGGUUAUCGUUUAGAUGCUUGGCCAGACCUGGCCACAUGGUAUCAAAGAAUGAAAGCUCAGCCAUGGUGGCCAGAAUGCAAUAAAGGCCUUUAUGAAUGGAAAUCUGUUUAGACCAACAAAAGAAAAGUGCAUUUCAACAUUAAAAUUGUUCACAGAAUUAAUAGAAAGCAGUUUACAAUUAUUUUCAUGAUUACAAUCCUGAAUUCUUCAUUGGUAGCAUUUGUUGGGAUUUCACAUAGUACUGAAUUGUUCAGAAAAUUAUCGUUAGGGAUACCUGAAUGUGGAGUACUAUAUAAAAAUUCUUGAAUUGCUCUGUGAAUUUUCUAACACUAAAAUCAUUUCUGUUUAAAUAGAUUUUUGAGUGUUUUAAUUAAGAAUGGUAAAUUUUCCAAAACAAAUAUGAACUACCGGUAGUACAAAUGAAUGUUAUAACAAUGUUAUUUCAAAUGUUGUGCAAUGUUUUAUUUAUAGAAGAUGAUCAUUUAUCACCUUAUUAUUAUAUUGUAAAUCUGAAAUACUUAUCAUACUAAUGUAUUCAGAUUAAAGCUGUGCCACCUUCUUGCCCCUUUAAUGUGAUACAAAUGUAUACUUUUUCAAGUAGGUAGAAACAAAUCAAGAAUUUGUAUAAAUUAUUUAUUAUAAAUCAAAUCAAUAAAUUAUAAAAUACAUUUA